GGUUAUUUCAACGUCGUACCCCCGUUGCGUUUAGUUAGAUACACUAAUUGGUUUUACAUACUAAUCUAUGGUCACGUUUCCGCUGGGUCACAUAAAGAGCGAUACAGAUUGAUCGUGGAAAAACGUUAAAACUCGAUAAUUCAUAUCGAUCUGCCAUGGAUCCCGAUUUCUCGUUCUACAGCAGACGGUUUCGGAUGACCGGCUCGCUGGACAACGUGUACGAGACGCUAGCUGGCCUGGACUCGCCGGAACUUCGGUUCGCGUAUGCACGUGAUUUGCUCAAGGUACACGGCAUGCUGCCCACGGAGCUGAUGCGGCCUGGCAAGGAGUUGAUGAUCAAACGCGAGAUGACGGACAAGUUGUUACGCAUAGGCCACGAGCACUUCCACGGCCGCGAUUUUGUGUUGGCGCUCAAAACGUACACGAAGUGCGUGAAGUAUACUGAGCCAGGUACUGUUCAGCAUGCUUACGCAUUGGCCUACCGCUCUGCCGUGUACUACCAUCUAUGGAAACUGCCGCUUGAGGUUAGGUACGAACUUUGUUUAACUGACAUUCGCCGAGCUAUAGAGUCACAGUACCCAACACAAUUGUUGUACAAGUUAUAUGAGCAGGCUGGUCAUACUGAAUACAACUUGGGACGAGGAGAAAAAGCCAAAUUAAACUAUAGUGAAUGCUUAAAGCGUCUAGAUGAUGGUGUUAUGACAGCAGAACAGAGGUCCCAGCAUAAAAAGUUAAUAAAAGAGUAUAUUAAAAAAUGUGAUGAUUUGGAAGAGCGGAAUAUUCCUGUAGAUCAACAUUCUAUUGAAAAAUUAAGUGGCGGAAAACAUCCUGUCAUCCCAGCACUUUCUAAAUUGGUUAAACUCCAGUGCUCUCCAACAAUGGGAAGAGGAGUAUUUGCUACAGAAGACAUUAACCCAGGUGAUGUUGUUGCAGUUGACGAACCUUAUAUAAGUGGUGCUUCUCUUCAUAAUAGUUUAUUAUGCCAUUAUGACAAGUGUAUGAAACUGACUUGCUCUAUUAUACCCUGUCCAAACUGUUCAUUAGUUUAUUUCUGUAGCAAAGAAUGUAUGCAAAAGGCUAAUGAAGAUGGUCAUGCAUUAGAAUGUCCAAUUAUGUUUUCCAUCAAAUCCUUACCAGGAGAUAUAAACUUAAAUCAACUUGCUAUGAGGUGGUUUGUCCGUGAAUAUUUCAAAUUGAACUUGAUAAAUUAUUAUGUAUUGGUUAAAAAAUUGCUUGAGAUUUAUAAAGAGCCUAUGGUUAGAGGCUUCAGCGAUUCUCAUGUUUAUAAUUCUGAAAAUUUUGUUACUGCUUUUUCUAUGCAUUGCAAUGAAAAGGAAAUAUCAAUGGAUUUACUGCUAUUUUAUUUUUGCCUUGGUGCAGUAAUGUUUGAAUAUUUGAUGAUAAGCGGUAUUGAUAUCCCAAAUAGUUACUUAAAUACAAUUGGUGCUUCUUUAGUACGUAUGUUAUUCAUUUUGGAUACACAUUGUCGAAAGUUAACUGUGAAUGCACCUUGUAUACCUGCUGAAUUGACGAAACGUUCUACUCUACCAAUUGCAUAUUCUUUAUAUCCUACAAUUUAUUUAUUUAACCAUUCUUGUGAUCCAAACAUACGAUGCAGUGGAGAUAUGAGUGACAGAAUUAGAGUUAUGAAAGCAAUACAACCAAUUCCUAAAGGAAGUCAGUUACUGAUGUCUUAUGGUGUUGAUUUCAAGAAAGAAAAUAAAGAAACUAGAAUUAAUGAGUUGUCAGAUCUUUUCAAGUUUAAUUGUGAAUGUCAGGCUUGUGUUGAAAAUUGGCCUAUUAACUGUUACACACCUAUUCGCUUAACUUCACUAAAUCUUCUGAAUGUGAAUUUGGCAGACACUAUAACAAAGGAAUGCAAAAAGUUUAUGGAAUUAACUACGAAUGAAUCUUUUAAACAAGCCCCUCAUCUUCAUUUAAACUAUUUAUAUGAUUUUCUUAAAUUAUUGUUUUGUAAUGUUAAACGACCAUUUAAACUAUAUGAAAACUGUGUUACAUGGAUAUGUAUUGCUCAUACCUCAGUAAAAAUAAAAGACUUAGAACUUUUAGAUUUAAGUUUAUAAAUAGUUCA